AUGCCCCGCCAGCUGUCGCCGCGAUGGCUGCUGCCGCGCUGGCAGCCGCUGCUGAUCUAUCGGGCCGUGCUGCCUGCGCUGCAAGGAACCGCGCACGUCGCAGUGGACUGCGACUGGGCGCGCUACUGGCGGCGCGCGUCCGGGGCGAUGGACGGCGAGGCACGGGCGGAGGGCGGCGACGGGGACGCGCGGUCACGAGGACGGGUAGACGAGGUGGAGGGCCGUGGAAAGCGGCAGGAUUCAGUUCGGGGACGGGGAGUCGUCGCGAGUGGAAGAGGGGCGGCGGUAGACGCGGGUAGAGGGCAAGGGGGGUGCGAGGAGCUCAGUUCCAUGGGCCACGGCCCGCAGCACUUCCCCCCGUGCUCCUCUGCGCAUGGCGUGCAGCCGUGCGCGCUCCGCUCCCCGCGAUACACGCGCGUCGCGCUACCACACGUGCUGCGGGAGGGCGGGCUGCAGCACGUGCUGCAACGCGUGGGGCUGUGGCCUGCGCCCUCCCCGCACCAUCGCCUUCCGCCAGGCUUCCCCCCACCCCUCGACCGUGACGAUGCGCGCAUGUACCCGGGUACGGCUCUCGCUGCACCUCUCCGCCCUCCUCUCAAUCCCACACCGCACCUUGCAGGUGUGGGUGUGGCGGUGUCGGGCGGAGUGGACAGCAUGGCACUCGCGCUCACUGCCGCGCGCAUGCAGCGCGCACAGCAGGGGGAGGGGGGAGGGGGGGUGCGCCUGGUGGCGAUGGUUGUGGACCACGCUCUCAGGCCGGGCAGUGCACAUGAAGCCAUGCGCACCCUCGCAUGCCUUGAGCACCUAGGUGCGCCACCAUGA